AUGGCAUUUUCCGGAGCUGUAAUUUUAAAAGAUCUAAACGAUUUUAUUGCACCUUCUCAAGCUUGUAUAAAACCCGUAGAGAUUAACAAAACCUCUGAAUCAAAUUCAAACGUUAUAAAAAUUGAUGGUUCAGGCGAGUAUUAUGAAGUUUCGCAGGAAGGACUUGAAACUAAACUUAAAACAGCAAGCAUAACAUUAGACGAUUGUUUAGCUUGCAGUGGAUGCAUUACUUCGGCUGAAAGUAUCCUUAUAACAAUGCAAUCUCAAGAAGAAUUAUAUAAUGUAUUUAAAGCAAAUAAACAAGCUAUGGAUGAAAAUAAAUUAGAAAAUUAUAAGACUAUAGUGGUUUCUAUUGCACCACAAUCAAGAGCUUCUAUAGCAGCAAAAUAUGGUCUAACACCAUUACAGGUGGCUAAACGUUUAACGCACUUUUUCAAGUCACUUGGAGUUCAUUAUGUAUUCGAUAUUUCGUUCUCACGAGAUUUUUCUUUGUUGGAAAGUGCACGUGAAUUUGUUCAAAGAUUUCCAUGUCCAGGUUGGAUUUGUUAUGCUGAAAAAACUCAUGGGUUUGUUUUACCAUAUGUUAGUCAAACUAAAUCACCACAACAAAUAAUGGGUGUCUUGGUUAAAGAUUACCUGGCAAAUAAGCUUGGAAUCAGACCAAAUAAUAUUUAUCAUGUUGAUGUAAUGAUGUGUUAUGAUAAAAAACUUGAGGCAUCAAGACCAGAUUUUUUUGAUGAAAAUUAUCAAACCAGAGAUGUUGAUUGUGUAAUCACAACAGGAGAAGUCGUCAAAAUGUUUGAAGAACAGAAUUUCAAUAUUUCGGAAAGUCCUGAGGCAUCAUUAGAUUCUUUUAGUAAAUUAUCAGAAGACAAUGAACAACUUUUAAGUUCUGGUGGGUCAUCAUCAGGCGGAUAUUUAGAAUUUAUUAUGAAAUAUGCAGCCAGAGAAUUAUUUGAUAUAACAGGCAUAGAUCCAGACAAAGAACAAGGUGUUGUGGUUAAAUAUGGCAGAAAUAAAGAUUUCAAAGAAGUGACACUCGAGGUUGAAGGAAAGCCAUUGCUUAAAUUUGCAUCAGCAUAUGGAUUUCGUAAUAUACAAAAUCUUGUUCGUAAGGUUAAAACUGGUAAUUCACCAUAUCACUAUAUAGAAGUUAUGGCUUGUCCAUCUGGAUGUAUAAAUGGUGGUGGACAACUGAAACCGGGUGAAACAAUUCCAAUAAAAGAUUGGAUUAACAGUGUCAAUAAUAUUUAUCAUGCAAUAGCAUCAAAAUCACCAGAAGAAAAUGAUAAAAUAUUAGAAUUAUACAGUGAAUGGUUGGAAGGAUUUGACAGUUUGAAAAGUAGAAAAAUGCUUCGUACACAAUAUCAUGCAGUAGAAAAUACGUUAUUAAAUCCCUUGACUGUCAAAUGGUAA